UAUAUACAUCAGUGAGAAGGAAUCACGAAAAACGGAACGUGGAAAUGCCCUUUAAAUAAUGUAAUCUUACUGUUUAUAGUUGUGCUUUUGACUGAGAGGAAAUAAAAGCAACUUGCAACUAUUGACUUGACAUCCUGAAAGCAUCGAAAUGAAGCCUGUGACUGAAAAGGAGGUGCCAGAUUGUGAACAUUCACAUAUUGUGGGUGAUCAGGGGUCAGAGUCCACCACAAAUGACAAAGGUCCCACAAAGGAGGAUGUAGAGAUUCUGGUGCUGAGCCAAGUGGAGGAAUCAUUUGGGUACUUUUGCCAUAGACUAAAUUAUACGAAGAAACCUAUUCAGAUGACUGAUGAAAGUCCUUCAGAUACUGAUACAAACACAGAACGAUCUGUCUCUGCCCCCUCGAAAAGAUGUAAUACACCUGAUAAUACGUUCAGCUGUAAACUCUGUGGCAAGGAGUACCGCCACAGUUCAAACCUGGUUCGUCACAUGCGAAUACACACAGGAGAGACUCCGUACAGCUGUGAACUGUGUGGGAAAGCGUUCGAACGUUCAGACUGGCUUAAAGCACACUUCAAAAUCCACAUGGGUGAGAAACAACAGAGAGAUAAGCGCUUUGUUUGUGAUCAGUGUGGGAUGAAAUUUUAUUGCUCCACUUUACUCGAAAGUCAUAUAAGGAAACACAAUGGCGAGAGACCGUUUUCCUGCUCCCUCUGUGAGAAGACGUUCUUCAGUCUGCAAAAUCUCAGCCGCCACCAUCUUGAGUGUCACUCUGGGAAAAAGUUUAAUUGCUCCAUGUGUGGACACAGUUUUGCACGCUUGGGUACAUUGCAGAAACACACACGGAUUCACACUGGGGAGAAACCUUUCUCCUGUUCAGAGUGUGGGAAAAUAUUCCGUUAUAAAUACUCACUGGUAAUGCAUAAGAAACGGCACUCAGACAAAAGCUGACCUGAUAGGAGUAAUAUUUACUGUCAGGUUAAUAAUUUUCAGAAUAAU